AUAUACCAGCCAAAAAAAAAAAGAAAAAGAAAAAAGAAAAUUCCCCUCUGACCUGAUUCUAUCUCUCGAGCGGGCUCGGCUCCUCCUCGUCGGCGUUCCUCCGCCUCCGCCGUCUUCUCCGCCAUCUCCUCUCUCGAGCUCUCUCCCUCCCCGAUCCGCUCCGGCAUCUCCGGCCUCCGCUCCGUUCGGCCGGCGCGCCAGUGUCCUGUGUGUCCCCCACAUCUUCUGCCGCAACUUGCAACCCUAGCCGCGGAUGGCGGCGCAGCCUUCUUCGUCGGCGUCGACGGGCGAUACCAAGUUUGAUGCGUCGCAGUAUGCUUUCUUUGGCAACAACGCGGUGGAAGAAGUUGAGCUAGGUGGAUUGGAGGAUGAUGAUGGUAUCGAUGCUGGUUUUGUUGGUCCUGGUGAUGAAGAAUACCCUUCUGCUUAUGGAAGGGAUAUGUUUGAGGAUGAAGGUGGAGGUUCAUUUACUGGCGUUGAUGAUCUUGCUGGAGCAUUCUCAAAGUUGACCAGAAGCAUCAAUGAACCAACACAAUCGGGAAUAAUUAGUCGUGGGGGUUCAAUUUCUAGACAAAGUUCUACUCUGGACUGGGCACAAGAUUCAUAUUGGCCUACACAGCCUAUAUUUGGAGCUGAACCAGGGCUGAAUAAUGAAAGCCGGUGGUCUCAACCACCUCAUUUAGCCCGCUUUGCUGAUUCUAGACUGCACAGAACAUCCUCAUCGCCGCAGCAAGAUGCUCAAUACAAUCCUAAUGAACAUAUUCUUGGAGCAAUGCCAUCUCUGUUGCAUAGAACUUCAUCAUACCCACAACAAGAGCCUCAAUACAGUCACACAGAACCAAUUCCGGUACCUAAAUCAUCAUUCAUUCCGUACCCUCCAUCUGGUGCAGUAUCCCAUUCUUCGCCAGGUCAACCACAUAACAUGAACAUGCCAUCUCCUCCCACUUCAUUCCAAAUGCCUGUAUCUGCACAAAAUGAGUUACACCAUCCCCAGUUUCCUCGUGGUGGUAUGCCUCCAGGGCCACUUGGUCGGAGCAUGGCUCAUUUGGAUUCAGCAGGUUUAUCAACUAAUAAUUUGCAACAGAAUGCUCUAAACAGUGGGCCAGUUCGUCCAAAUGGUGCCAUGCUUACACCAGGUUUGGUGCAGCACAAUCUGCAGCGUCCAAAUGGAUUGGUCCCACCUCAAAUGCUGUCACGCCAUCCACAACAUGGAAUGGCCCCAAUUCAACACUCUCCGCCACAAUUCUCACAGUUCCAUGCUCAGAUGCUUGGUCCUCGGCAUCCUCCACCAAAAGGUUGUCAGAUGUACAAUCCUCAGCGUCCAUCACAAAUGAUGAGUGGAUUUGAUGCAAAUUUGGCAAUGCCUGACUUGAGUGAUCCGAGAGCAAGAGCAAUGCUGCACCAUGGAGUGCAUGGCCAGCAUUAUCUCCCCCAAGGUUUUGAGCUUGCUGGUAUGAGGAUGGAUAAUGGGUGGCCGCGGUUCAGAUCCAAGUACAUGUCCACGCCUGAAAUUGAGAACAUUGCAAGGAUGCAGCAAGCUGCUACUCAGAUCAAUGAUCCGUACAUUGAUGAUUACUAUCAUCAAGCCUGUUUAGCUAAAAAGUCAGCAGGAGGUCAACUCAAGCACCACUUCUGUCCGACCUUGAUUAGAGAUCCAUCAUCCCGUGCACGGAGUAAAGAUGAGCCACAUGCGUAUCUCCAGGUUGAUGCUCUUGGAAGGUUACCAUUUUCUUCCAUCCGCAGGCCUCGUCCGCUCCUCGAUGUUGAACAAACCUCUGAAUCAAGUGAUGACGUUACUGAAAAAUCUGCUUCAAAAACACUUGACCAAGAACCAAUGCUGGCUGCUAGAAUCACAAUUGAAGAUGGCCUCUGCCUACUGCUUGAUGUAGAUGAUAUUGAUCGCUUGCUGCAAUUUAGCCAGCAGCAAGAUGGUGGCUUGCAACUGAGAAACAGGAGACAGGCCCUCCUUGAGCAGCUGGCAGAAUCCCUGCAACUAGUUGAUCCACUUACACCUAGUAACAAUGCACCUCUCUCACCAAAUGAUGAUCUGGUGUUUCUCCGAAUAGUCUCUCUUCCGAAGGGCCGCAAGCUACUUUCUCGUUACCUUGAACUUGUGAGUUCUGGCAGUGAGCUUGCUAGAAUUGCUUGCAUGGCAGUCUUCCGGCAUCUAAGAUUUAUAUUUGGAAAUUUGCCAUCUGAUAGUAGUGCUGUUGAGACAACGACAAAACUUGCUACUGCUGUAUCAACCUGUGUUGUUCGGUUGGAGUUGAGUGGACUAAGUGCUUGCCUUGCAGCUAUUGUGUGUUCUUCGCUGCAACCCCCUCUGCGACCCCUUGGACAUGCUGCAGGUGAUGGGGCUUCUUUCAUCAUAAAGUCUGUACUGGACACAGCAACAGAGCUUCUCACUGAUCAGCAUGUGGCCUCUACCUACAGCAUGCAAAACAGAGCUCUAUGGCAAGCAUCAUUUGAUGCCUUCUUUGGGCUGCUUACAGAGUACUGCAUGAGUAAAUUCGAUAGUGUGAUUCAUGCAUUGCAAACACAACCUGCUGUGGCAGCAGUUAUAGGCAGGGAAAUGCCAGUUGAAUUGUUGCGUGCUAGCCUUCCCCACACAAAUGAGUAUCAGCGGAAGCAGUUGCUCGGUUUUGCUCAGCGCACGGUGCCUGUUAACAACCAUAGUUCUCAUGGGUCCAGUAAUGGACCCAUGACAUCAGAAUCUAUCCCAAGUUCAGAAAGCUGGAAAAUAUGAGUGAAAGCAUAGUGUUUUUGCUUCUUUGGGUAAUCAGUAUACUAGAUACAAUGGCUCUUUAAAAUGGAGACUCUUCCCUCAUUUUCCCAGUAAAGAAAAGUCAAUAGUAAUAUGAAUCCAGGAAACAAAGAUCGAGAGGGUUGGAGCAUCGAUAAACAGUGGUAAUAUAAGGCACCAAGUUUACUAUUGUUGCGACAUGUCUGGUUUAUUAUGUUUUGUAGGGAUGCAAUCUGUUUUGCAUGUAUUAUGCAGAUGGAUGUGUUUUUGUUACUGGGAAGUUUCUUCCUGAGUUUUGUUGCUCAUGAAACCUGCCUGGUAUCUAUCUCUGGCUGUAGAAGGUGCUUGUUGAAGACGCUGUUUGAUUGUGUACUUGAAGAUGCUGUUUGAUUGUUCUUCAAGACAAGUGUCCUGGAACCAUCAAGGUGGUAUUUCAAUCAAGACUCAAAGUGUCCUGGUGCCAUCAAGGUGGAAUUUCAAUCAAGCCGCCUUCUUUUUCUCAUUUUGUUGUGUUGAAGGGUUGAAAUGUUACUAGUUGAUCAUGCCCUCGUACUGAAAAAAUCCUAGCUAGCAUUGGUAUAUGGUACUAUGUUUUGUUAUUAUUAUUUAUUAAUUUCUCUUUCCCGACUUUUUCUAUUCUAGCGGAAGGUAUAAUUUGGGAUUUUAGCUGAGUAGAGAUCGAGAAUGUAGUAGUAGAAACUUGGGUGGCUGUAAUGAUGUUUGCAAGUUUAAAUGCAACAAGUCAGAAGUGAUGGUAGUGUUAGGCGUGGCAUUUUCUGGCGCCAAUUGUUAAACAUUUCAAUUUAUAUAGAAUGCUUUAUAGAUUCAACUUGUUUGGUGCCA